AUGCGACAUGUCUCCAUAGUCAACAUUGCUGUGUCCCUGCUGAUCGCAAACAUCUGUUUUAUCAUUGGAGCUGCAAUCACAGAACAAGAGCAGCCAACCUCAGUGGGUCGUUGCAGUCCAGCUGUUUUCUUCAUGCACUUUUUUUACCUGGCUCUUUUCUUCUGGAUGUUAAUGUCAGCACUGUUACUCUUUUAUCGUACAGUCAUGGUCUUGUCUCAAAUGUCAAGGGCCAAAAUGAUUGUCAUUGCCUUUAUAGUCGGUUAUGGUGCACCUUUGCUCAUAGCGGUCAUUACUGUUGCAUCAACAGCUGGACCUCAAAAUUAUAUUUCCAAAAAAAAUGCAUGCUGGCUGAACUGGUAUGAAUCAAAGGCCCUACUGGCAUUUGAUCUCACUAUUGUAGCCAUAAACCUUGUGGUUUUGAUUGUGGUUCUAUACAAGAUGUGGAGGAGAGGAGUUGGUGCUGCAACUCAACCAGAUGAGAAACAUGCCCUGGUGGUUAUUGCCAGAUGUGUGGCCUUUUUGACUUCUCUCUUUGGUCUAACAUGGGGAUUUGGAUUUGGAACCAUGGUGUCACAAGAUUUAGGCGUUCAUGUGGUGUUUGUAAUCCUCAGUUCACUGCAGGGAUUCUUUGUUUUGGUGUUUGGAACACUUUUAGACAGCAAGAUCCGUAUGGCUCUGGCAGGAAGACUGUCACUAAGGAACAUUUCCAGCUCUAACCGUAUCAGGAGUACUAAUGCACCCCAUCAUCUUCAAGUGGACAGGAUUUCUUUCUAA